UUUUGAUUUGAUUUGAUUCCGCAUUGCUUAUCAUCAUCAUCUCACAAACCCUUUCCUUUCUUUUGAUGGCGAUCUCCAAAUCAAGCCGUGAUGUAUUAUCGGGCACGGCAGGUGGAAUAACGCAAGUUUUAGUUGGUCAACCGUUUGAUAUUGUAAAAGUACGUUUACAAACCGCCGUUCCUGGAACAUACACUGGAAUAGGUGAUUGUGCAGGACAAAUUUGGAAAAAGUAUGGCUUUCGUGGAUUUUAUAGUGGUACUCUAACCCCACUUCUCGGUGUGGGAGCAUGUGUAUCCAUUCAAUUCGGUGUAGUUGGAGCGGGAAAGAGACUCUUUCAACAAAAACAAGAUGAACGAUAUGGUAAAGGGACUAGACUGACAAACGGGCAAUUGUACACUUCGGGAGCAUUGGCUGGGAUCGCAAAUAGCUUUGUGGCAGGACCAGUCGAGCAUAUUCGUAUCCGAUUACAAGCACAACAAGAACGUGUAUUUACCGGUCCAUUAGACUGUGCACGAAAGAUAACCGCUCAAUCCGGAAUCACUGGUCUCUUUCGCGGAAUGACUGCCACAAUCAUUCGUGAAGGUCAUGGAGCAGGUAUUUAUUUCCUCACAUACGAAUACUUGGUACAAAGAACUUUGAACGGAAGACCACGUGAAGAGCUUUCUAAUGUGAUGGCAAUGCUCUUUGGUGCUUCUGCAGGUGUGGCAUUAUGGCUAUCAGCUUAUCCGAUCGAUGUGGUUAAAUCAAGAAUGCAAACAGACGCAAUUAUACCCUCUAAACGUGCUUAUCCUUCAACAUUGCAUUGCAUACGUUCAAUCUGGCAAACGGCUGGCUUGCAGGGUUUCUUGCGUGGUCUCACUCCAACUCUCGUAAGAGCACCUUUUGCCAAUGCUGCCACUUUUGUCGCUUAUGAAAUGGCUUCAAGAGAGCUAAAUAAGUAUGUUGUCGAAUAGAAAAAAAAGAACGGACUUGUAUUACUAGAUAGACAAUGAUGAAAU